AUGAAUUCAAAUAAAAAAACAGCAGCAGAUAUUUUAAGAAGUAAGCUACAAAAGACUAGAAUUAAAAUGAAUAUUGAAGAGAGUAAUUUUCCUAAGUUUUCAGAGAUUAAAGGAGUUGAUUUAAGUCAAUUUAAUAAGAUUUAUAAUCCACUAUUUAACAAACAUAAAUACACUGAGUUGGGUGUUAAAGUACCAAAAACUAUACUGAUUUAUGGAGUAGAGGGAGUAGGAAAGAAAUUUCUUAUUAAUUCAUUUGCUAAUGAGUAUCAAGUUCAAAUUCAUAAAUCAUAUUUAAAAACAGCUAUUGAUGUUAGAGAGUUGUUUAGAAAAGCUUCUGAUGAUUCGAUAAUUUUAAUAGAACAAAACAAUUUGUUAAGUUUUAAUAAUGAAGAUGAUGAUCUUUUAGAAGUUAAGUUACAAUUAAAAGAAAGUAUUAAUUUAAAUAAUAAUUUAGUUGUGUGUCUUCACAAAGAUAAAAAUGUUGAUUUAAUUAUUGAUAGUGAAAUAUUUAUUAAAAUACCAACAGUUAAAGACAGAAGGGAUAUUUUAGAAUAUUUGAUGAAGGACAUUAAAAAAGAAAAUAUUGAUUAUGAUUUAUUGGCUCAUAAUACUCCUGGUUUUAUACCAAAGGAUUUAGUUAAGUUAAUAGGCAUUGCAUCUGAAAUAGUAAUUAUUGAGUCAUCUGCAAGAAAAGUAUCACUAACAAUGAAUGAUUUUGAAUUAGCACUUAAGAAGUGGAAAAAUAUUCAAGAAGUGAUAACAUUUGAUGAUAUAGGAGCUAUGGGAAGAGUAAAAGAAGAACUAAAGAAUUCAAUACUUUUACCAUCUAAGUUUCCAGAGAAGUUUGCUAGAUUGGGAUUAGAAAGACCAUCUGGUAUUUUAUUAUAUGGACCUCCUGGUUGUGGUAAGACGCUUAUUGCAAAAGCUGUUUCUUGUAUGAGUCACUGCUCAUUCUUAUCAAUUAAAGGACCUGAAUUAAUAACUAAGUAUGUUGGAGAUUCCGAAAAACAUUUAAGAGAUCUUUUUGAAAAAGCUAAAAAUUUAUCACCUUGUGUGUUGUUUUUUGAUGAGAUUGACAGUUUGUGUGGUAGGAGAGGAACUAAUGAAUUUGGAAAUCGAAUAGUGAAUCAAAUAUUAACUUUAAUGGAUGGUAUGGAAGAUAGGGGGCAAGUUUAUAUUAUUGGAGCUACUAAUAGAAUUAGUCAUAUUGAUAAAGCUCUAUUAAGACCAGGUAGGUUUGAUAAAAUUGUUAAUGUACCAAUACCUGAUGAAUCUGAAAGAUAUGACAUAUUUGAUAAAACUAUUUCUAAGUUACCUGUUGAGAAGUUUGAUAUAAAAGAAUUGGAUUUAAGUGGUUUAACAGGGGCAGGAAUAGCUGGUGUUGUUAAAGAAGCAGCUACACUUUGUUUAAGAGAUAAUUUUGAAAAUAAUGAUAUUUUAAUUAGUAAGAAAUAUUUUGAAAUUGCUUUAGAAAAGUUUAAAGAAAUGAAACAAUCAAAUUUUGAUGAAUCCGAUUAA